GGGGGGCUGUGAUACUCAUACACAGCUCUACUUCCGGGAUAAUGAUAUGAUGAGGUUGGAGCAUCGGAGCUGACUUAAAUCCCAUCCUAGGGUGAUGGGGCCAGACAGUGUCCCGGGUCCAGCUGUGUCCUGGCGUAAAGUACUGUGGGAACGCCAACCAUUUCCUGACAACUAUGUGGACCAGCGGUUUCUGGAGGAAUUAAGAAGGAACGAGGGCAUCCGUCAGUACCGCUACUGGGCUGUGGUGAAAGAGGCGGGCUUUGUUGGACAGCAGCUGUCCUGUGUGGCCAUUUUCAUCACCCUGUGGCUCUACAUGGAGCAGGGCCUCCUGUCCCCUGAGAUGCUUUUGUGGACGAGCCUUAUCAGUGGUUUGCUAGGCUAUGGACUUCACCAAGUUUUGAUCUCUCAGGAAGAAUCCAGCUGUGAGCCGCGGACCCGUCUGGCAGACUUGCAGAGUGCCACUAUUUUCCUGUCCUUCACCUUUGGUUUUUCGCCGGUUCUGAAGACACUAACAGAGUCUGUGAGCACAGACACAGUGUACGCCAUGUCAGCUGUGAUGCUGCUGGCCCAUCUGGUGUCGUUCCCGUACGCUCAGCCCUCGCCCAGGGGCAGCCUCUCCAUUAACGCCGCCCUCUUUGCCUCUGUGUGUUUGGCGUCCAGGUUGCCGGGGGCUCUACACACCUUUGCCAUGCUCAGCUGUGCCCUGCUGGUCUUCGCCCUGUGGCCCUGCUUGUUACAGAAGAUAAGGGAGAAGGCUCCGAGCCACUUUACUGGGGUGUGUGUGGGAGUGUGUAUCAUAGGGGUAGGUGGUCUGGGGUCCCAGUCCCCAGGCGGAGCUAUCCUUUUGGCCCUGGCCCUAGGUAGUGUUACACUGCUCUGUCCUUUACUACUUGUCAGACUGCAGAGACACAAGGACAACAUCCACGGACCCUGGGAUGAAGCAGAGAUUCACGAAGACCUCAGCCGCUUUAUUCAUUAACAGCCAUAGUGACGAGGACCACAGACUGCUCCAAACUCAACUGAGAUUUAAAGUACAAGCCAAGAGAGAGUUUUAUAUGAACCAGUUAUUCAUCACACUGCUGUGUCAUGUUGGUGCUGAUCCAUACUGUUUAUCAUUGUCUACAUGUGCAUGGACAGCCAUGGUGUUCACUUACAGAGAAUCUGAAGAGAAUCUGUAAACAUAUGUAAAGUUCAUGCUGCUGCUCUCUCUUGUGUUGGUAUCAGCUAAAAUACAAUGCUGUCUUACUUUACUGGACACAUUUUGGCGCUAUGCAUUAGUGUGAUUUUCUUCUUUUUUUUUGAUGUGGGAAAUGAUAUAUGAUUUUGUACUGUAUGCUGUAAAUGUUGUGUAUGCUCGUAUGUAUACAUGAUGCUGACGACAGCAGCUUGUUAACAAACAAGGGCUCCAAAUCUAUUGCACAAUAUUCUAUUACAUUGGAAUUUUUAAAUUUUAAGGGGUUUUACAAUGAAAUAUAUUUCUUCAGUGUAACUUAUUGUUAUUAAACACUAAUGAGAUGACUCUAUAUUCUAGGACUAAGUGUAUUAUUUUGUAGCUUGACUUCAAAAAAAGUUUUUUGCUGCUAUGACGGUGUCAUGUGUGUUAGAUGUGGAGUGUUAAUAUCUAUAAACAGAACAGAGCUGCUAAACUGAUUUUCAUUGUUCCUGUAACAGUACCAAUAAAGAUUUAGUCUAUUCUAUUAUUAUAAAAACAUCAGAGAUAAACAUUAUUAUAGGACUUUUACUUGAUCAUAUUUUAUGUAUUAUGGCAUGUGGACAAAAAAACAAACAAAUUAGAGCAAACAUUCCGAUUUUGAGUUUUCCUAGGUAAAUGCACAUGUAUCAUCCAAGAGUAUUUAGCAGUUCAUUAAACCAAAACGAUAAAAUUUCUACAUGUUUACUCCAAAUCUUCACAAAACAUGCUCAAAGGCAGGGGCCAAACCUUUUCAGCUAAAAGCCCAAAUGGAAAAUCUGGUGUUUUUUCAGUACAUGAAUUUAACAAAAAAAAAAAAAUACAAUAAAAAAAUAAACUACUGUCUGUUUUUUUCAAUCCUU